GAAGCUGUGACAUCUCAGGGGGAUAGUUAGUCGUCUUCAGGCUGUUAUAAAGAACAUCACACAGCCCGCCACUUUGAUUUUCUUUACUUUGACUAUAUGAUACGAUCCAAAUGAGAAAUAUGCACUGGGAGAAAUCACCACCAGCAGCACUGCCUCGGUCCAGGCCAUACCAGGGAGUUAGAGUCAGAGACCCGGUCAAAGAGCUGCUAAGGAGGAAGAGAAGUCUGGAGCCACACGGCACCAAGACAGCACCCCCUACUGUGAAUGUGGUCGCACACAACAACCAGUCAUCGUACACACAAGGUGUCUUCAGCUCUGACGCUGCUGGUGGCUCUCCAUCUGAGUUAUCGCCUGCAGUCAGCGAUGGAGGGCAGCAGUGCGGGGGAUGGAAAGCUGCAGCUCCUACAACUGCCAGCAGCAGCGGCGGUCUGCAGGCAGCUGUGACACCAUGGGCUUUAGCUGACUACAACCAGCAGGAUCGCUCAGCAGCUCAGACUCUGGCCUACACCACCACCCCCACCCUCCCUGCUGAUGUGUACAUGCAGACUCUAUGCCCCAGCUACACCAUGCUGACCUACACACACACACCGCUGCUCACUAACUUUGGGACCAUCCCUGUGGCCCCAGCACCAGCCUCCCUCCCCCAGAUGGAACUCCAAGACUCAGGGUUGGCCUACCUGCCUUGGGCCCCGCCCCUCACCACCAUCUCCACCAUACCCAACACGGGGGUCCAGUUUGCAUCUGGUCCUGCAGCCCUACCUGGGUCUCCUCUAGUCCACAUGCCUAUGUCCAUGUCUCUGACUACCAUGAUCCCUCAGAAUGUAGACCCUCAGCCACAGGAACCUGACCCUGAGCAGUGUGAGGACCCCCUUGACCCUGACUCACAACAUCAGUGUCUGGAUGAAGAUCCAGAUGUGGAGUCUGAACCUCCGAGCCUUCUUGAUAAACUUCUAGAGGAGCAAAAGAAUGAUGGUGAAGAGGGCAAACACCGAUAUGAUAGCUCAUUCUUUGUGUCUGAUGAUUGAAGCAGGGCAACAGUACUUUGUCUCAUUAAAGUUGUUGUCUUAUUCUGUAGUUACAGCCUAUAUUUCAUUUUGACAGCAGUGUACUCACAAAUUACAUCACUGAGUAAUGCUCUUGCUUUGGCUUUAUCAUUAAAUGCUUUG